CCGGAGCCGGCAGCUGAGGGUCCCUGCGUUGUGAGCUUCCUAGAGGCAACAUGAGCUGCAUCAACCUACCCACCGUGCUGCCCGGCUCCCCCAGCAAGACCCGGGGGCAGAUCCAGGUGAUUCUAGGACCCAUGUUCUCAGGAAAAAGCACCGAGCUGAUGAGGCGGGUCCGUCGCUUCCAGAUCGCCCAGUACAAGUGUUUGGUCAUCAAGUAUGCCAAAGACACUCGCUAUAGCCACAACUUCUCCACGCACGACCGGAACACCAUGGAGGCACUACCAGCCUGCCUGCUCCGGGACGUGGCCCAGGAGGCCCUGGGUGUGGCUGUCGUGGGCAUCGACGAAGGGCAGUUUUUCCCAGACAUCGUGGAGUUCAGCGAGUCUAUGGCCAACGCGGGGAAGACCGUGAUCGUGGCUGCCCUGGAUGGCACCUUCCAGAGGAAGGCCUUCGGGGCCAUCCUGAACCUGGUGCCCCUGGCCGAGAGCGUGGUGAAGCUGACGGCCGUGUGCAUGCAGUGCUACCGGGAGGCCGCCUACACCAAGAGGCUGGGCGCCGAGACCGAGGUCGAGGUGAUCGGAGGCGCGGACAAGUACCACUCCGUGUGCCGCCUGUGCUACUUCAAGAAGGCCUCGGGGCCGCCCGGCGGGCUGGACGGCAGGGAGAACAAGGAGAACCGCCCGGUGCCGGUGCCGGUGCCGGUGCCGGUGCCGGUGCCGGGGGCCCGGAAGCUGUUCGCGCCUCUCCAGGUCCUGCCGCGCAGCUCGGCCGACUGAGCGCCUGGAAGCCCCGGCCCCUCCCGCUGCCGCCCCCUGGCGGACGCCCGCGUCCUGCGCGCCGGCCUUUCCGGAGGAGGAAGUGGGGGCGGGGCGGCGGGGGGGGGGAUGGAACUUUCUGCCUCGUGCAGCGCACUUUCCCCGGGCUGGUGGUCCGCACAUCCCGUUUCCCCGUUUCCUGCUCGCCGGCCCUUCUUGGUUCCCCUUCCCGGCUGCUGGUCCACCCUGAGCUCGGGGUCUGGCCACCGCAGACACCCGCCCCUCCUCCUGUGGGGUGGGGGGCAGGGCCACACACUGGCGACACUUCUUCCCCCUUGUGGCUUUCACUGUUGAGUUUCUGUUCUCGCUGGGAAGUCCGUUCACCAGUACCUCCCGCUCAGCACGGAGCCUCAUCCCACGCAGAAACUUCUGCCUGCCUGGGAAGGGCUCCUGGCCCCCGAGGGUGGCUGGACUUGGGCCCUCUGGCUUCCCUUUCGGCCAAAAGCCCUUCCUCCUCGCUGGUGGUCAUUUUCUCCAGAAUGACAGCUUCUCACAUGGGGGACACGGACCCCGCUGGAGCCCAGAUCCCAGGGGCUUGUCUUUUAAAGGGGGGGGUAGGCGCAGAGGUAGCUGGGGACAGGGUCUAUGAUUCUGUUGUAGUGUGUGAAAUUAAUAACUAAUAUUAAAUUUUACUGGUUGGCGAGAGCA